AUGGACACACCAAGACGUAAAAGCAGGAAACCCAACAAAUAUUUAGAUGAAGUUGGUGUUGUUGGAAGAAAAACUGGUAUAACGAUUUCGGGGGAUGUGACGAAAAAUGCUGAUGGCCUAGAGGACGUGGAUGCUUUCUUCGAAGCAGCAAAUUCUACGACAAAGAUUGACGAAACCACAAAUUCUUUAGCGACAAAUAUUGAGGAAGCCGUAAAUUCUACAGCGAUAAACAUUGACGAAGCCACAAAUUCUACAACGACAAACAUUGACGAAGUUGCAAAUUCUACAACGACAAACAUUGAGGAAGUAUCAAUGUCUCUUGUCACAGAUGAUUCUCCACAGGAAACAUAUUCGCCUCAUAAAAAUACGACUCCUUUAGAACCAGAACAACCAUCACAUAAAAAUACAUCCCUUUCAGAAACAGGACCACCUUCUAAAAAGAAGGAUGGGAGGAUAACACCACUCAUGAUCAAAACGAAAGCUCGAGUGAUAACAAAGGAAGAAAUACGAAGAAGUAAACGUCAACGUAUCAAGCCUCUGGAAUUCUGGAGAAACGAAAGAAUUGUAUAUGGACCAACAAAAACAGAAAUUAUUCGUAUUCCUCGGCCAGACGAUAAUGAAUCAGGUGUUAGACGAGAUACAAAGAAACGAAAGAGGAGCAAUAAAAAGACUACUCUUAAGAAAGGCGAAUCGGAGGGUGAGAACAUUGACGAAGCAGAAUCUGCUGAAGGGCUUACUAUCGAUUGGGAGACUAAAGAAAAAGUUACACGGCGCCUAAUAUAUACCCUUUCAAUGUAUCAAACUGAAGCCAUUGAUAACGAUGAAUUUAAGUUCCAAAAAACUUUUUCGGAAG